AUGUGCUUCAGGACUGAAGCUGAUGACCCCACCCAACAGCCUAUCAUCAUCUCUCAAUCGGGAGGAGCCCACGACGGCGAAUCGCAAGACAGGAGACGAAAGGAGAACGGCAAGAAGCAACAGUCCAACGUACAUAGCGACAUUGGGCCACACCAACGGACGAAGCAGGGUGUGACGAACACCACUAAAACCGCACCUGCUCAGUCUGGGCGAGCCGAGAAAGCAAGGCGGCGGCGUGUCUCGAGCGGCAUGAUGGGCUUUGGGGGAUGA